AGGAGGAUCUCUCUCUUCUCGCGCGUACCCUCUGGUUUUUUCUCUGCUACUGUGCUCUCUAAUGGCCGCAAGGAGUGGUGCAUGCGACGGAGUUCCGGAAGAGGUUUCGCGGAGCGAUUUCCCGGAGGGCUUUGUCUUCGGAGUCGCCACUUCGGCUUACCAGGUUGAAGGAGCAAGAAAAGAGGGGGGCAGGGGGGAUAGCAUCUGGGACAUUUUCUCGGAAAAGAAAGAAAAUAUCAAGGAUGGAAGUAAUGGAGAUGUUGCAGUUGAUCAAUAUCAUCACUACAAGGAAGAUGUGGAACUUAUCGCCAAGAUAGGUUUUGGAGCUUAUCGUUUUUCCAUAUCUUGGCCUCGUAUUUUCCCUGAUGGAUUAGGAACUAAGAUCAAUGAGAAUGGGAUCGCCUACUACAACAAUCUCAUUGAUUACCUGCUAGAGAAAGGUAUUCAGCCUUAUGUGACACUGUAUCAUUGGGAUCUUCCAUAUAAUCUUCAUGAGUGCAUGGGAGGAUGGCUAUCUGAGAAGAUUGUGGAAUAUUUUGCACUGUAUGCAGAAACUUGUUUUGCAAAGUUCGGAGAUAGAGUCAAGCACUGGAUCACAAUCAAUGAACCACUUCAAACAGCUGUGAAUGGUUAUGGUAUUGGGAUAUUUGCUCCUGGAAGAUAUGAGAAUUCAUCUUUUGAACCCUACUUGGCUGCACAUCACCAACUCUUAGCCCAUGCAGCUGCUGUUGCUGUGUACAAGAAGAAAUUUAAGGCGACUCAAGGUGGUCAACUUGGGUUAGUUCUUGAUUGUGAAUGGGCAGAGGCAUUUUCCGAUAAAUUGCAAGAUAAGGUUGCUGCAGAGAGGCGGCUGAAUUUUCAACUUGGCUGGUUUUUGGAUCCAAUUUUCUUCGGGGACUACCCUGCGGUUAUGCAUGAGAGACUAGGAGAUAAACUUCCAAAAUUCUCAGAUGCACAUAAAGAAUUGCUAAGGAAUUCGCUUGAUUUUGUGGGUUUAAAUCAUUACACAACAAGGUUUAUUGCUCAUGCACAAAAUACAGAAGAAAUCCACUUUUAUCAAGUACAAGAGAUGGAGAGGAUUGCUAAUUGGGAAGCAGGUGAGGCGAUUGGUGAUAGGGCUGCAUCAGAGUGGCUUUACAUAGUUCCUUGGGGCAUCCGUAAAGUUCUUAACUAUAUAGCAAAAAGAUAUCACAAUCCCCCAAUAUAUGUUACUGAGAAUGGUAUGGAUGAUGAAGACACUGAAACAGCAGCAUUGAGUGAGGUAUUAAAUGAUGAAAAGAGAGUCGGAUAUUUUAAGGGGUACGUCGCUGCUGUUGCACAGGCAAUCAGGGAUGGUGCUGAUGUUCGUGGGUACUUUGCAUGGUCAUUGUUGGAUAACUUCGAGUGGGCGCAAGGAUACACCAAGAGGUUCGGGCUGAUAUACGUCGACUAUAAGAAUGGCCUUGCAAGGCACCCAAAAUCAUCAGCCAUCUGGUUUUCCAGAUUCCUCAAGGGUGGGAAGGAAGAUAGCAGCAACCAGCUCAACCAAGCCUGAUUUGUCACUUUGGUUAUGCAGAAUAAUGCUUGUGUCUGUAUGAAGUUUGCAUAAAACUCUUCUAUCAUGUAUCUCUAGCUUUUCUAGCUUAUUAAAUAUUCUGCUACGUUGUAUAUAAAUAUGCGUACUAUGAAACAACGACCUAAUAUAAUAAGAAAAGGUUGAUAUCGAAGGUGA